CUAGACGUGCCUCCCCGACAUAUUCGUAAAGCAAUUUCUCGAUCAUCUUCACCUUCUGUAUCACCAACAUCCCCACAAUUAUCUCCAAUGCCACCACUUACAAUACCACCAUCUGCAAUAAUAAACCUUACGUCUGCUGGUGUAUCAUAUGGUAUGGCUUUGGAUGCUGAAGUCGCAACAUUAUAUUCAGUCACUACCGAUGAUCAGAAAUUGGAGAGUUUAGAUAUAGAAGAUCCAAUUCCUGUGAGAGGUUCACCGGACUCUAUUAUUAAAGGCCAACAUGGAUUAGUAAAAUGUUGUAUGUUAAAUAAUCGACGGCAUAUUGUUACGCUUGACAAUUCUGGUGAAGUUGCAUUGUGGGAUAUUAUCUUGUGUAUUCGAGUCGAAACGUUUGGCAAGCGUGACCUCGAAGAAGUUUUUAAGGAACUUAAUACUAUCGAAUAUAUACCGACUUGGUGUGAAGUAGAUACACGCAUAGGGGCAUUGACGGUUCAUCUUGAUGAAAGGAAUUGUUUCGACGCAGAAGCGUACGCAGACGAACUUAAUUUGCCAGAAGGUGCAGAUAUUCGCGAAGAUCAAAGAACCAAUCUCGGCAAAUGGGUAUUACGAAAUCUGUUUGCCAAUUUUACAAGGAAUGUGAUACAAAUGUAUGAAGAGUUUCAGGCUCAAAAUCUCUUGAUGCAACAGCAAAGACAUCAAUCUAAUGAUUAUAGGCGAGAAUUACAGGAUGAUCGCUCACCUCCACCGCAAAAUAUUUCAUUUCCACCAGCUACGAUUCAGGUGCCCACCACACCACCUACUGUGGCAACAGCACAGAGUGUUAAUUCUCCAUCACAGA